AUGCUUUUUCUCUAUCAUUUAUUAGUUCGAAUUUGUAUAUUCCUCUCAUCAGCUGUUUCAAGUAGUUCAUCUGGAUGUGGAUAUUACAUUCCGUCAGUUUAUGAUAGUAACUACAAAAGUUAUGCAUUUGAAAGUUCAGUUUCACAAUGCAGUGGACGCUAUGCCUCUUUUUUACAUUUUUCAGGAGAUAUCAAAGUAAGUAACAUGAAUACAUCUUAUCAUGAAAUUACUUAUUAUGCUGCAUAUGAUAUUGAAUAUCCAAAAGGAACAGGAAUUAUGAAUUUCACAACAGCAUCAAAUACUUUAUCUACAAAAGAUGGUGGAAUGUACAAUGCUAAUGGUAAAUUUAAUCUUACAAAAUGUAAUUAUUUAAACAAUGAAUAUACAGGAAGUUAUAAUGCAAUAAUUUCUUGUUGGUCAUUCUCAACUACAUUUUCAAAUUGUUCAUUCAUAGGAAAUAAAGGAAAUUAUUUAUUUGAUAGAAAACCAAAAGCUAUUGAUAAUUGUUACUUUAAUAAUAAUGUUGUCAAUCAAACUAUAAAGAAUUAUGCAGAUACAUUUGAUUCAAUUGAUUCAUUAGAUUCAUUUAUAUCUCAUUAUUCAACAUAUUAUUGUAAUGCUGCAAAAAACGAAGAAAAUAAAGAUGAUACAUAUAAAAAAUAUAAAGAAGAAAAAUUAAAACUGAAAAACAUCAAAAAUAUUGUUAAUAAAUUUUACAGAACACCAUUUCUUGGAGCAGUAAAUCGAUCUGUUUUAAAAUAA